AUGCGGUUCAACACCAUGUACAGUGUUGCCAAGGAGUGCUCCACCGAGCUCAGGCCGAGCAUCAAAACCGUUGAAGAAACCGUCAAGAGCGUGGUAGGGCCCGUCCAUGAAAAGUUCCACCUUGUUCCCGAUGAGAUCCUCCGUCACAGCGAUGAAGACCACCACCUUGCCGGACACCGGACUCCUGUUGCCAACAUAGCCUCCGUGUCGGAAAUGGCAGUGAGGCUUUACGCAAAGUGCGAGCCUGUGGCAGAGCAGAAUGUGGCUUCUGCGUGGAGGAAGGUGAAACUGUUUCCGGUUUUUGAUCGGGUGGCGAACGUGGUUUCUUCGAAGGCCACGAUUUGCAUGGAAAAGUAUAACAGUGACGUUAUCAACGCAACGGAGAAGGUAUCAACGUACACGCCUUUUGUGCAUGCAGAGAGGAUAGCUAAGGUGUUUGGUGAACUUUGA